UGACGCCGGGGGCGGGGUGUCAGCUGACUAGGCCUCGCGCUCCCGCUCGUGGCUUCCGCGCGCCGCCCCCGCCCCCGCCCGGGACCGAGCCUCAACGAAAGUGGCUUCAAACUCUGGCAGCGCCGAGCCGUCCACGCCAGCUGCGAUCCGGGCCACAGCCCUGCAAUCAGCUCGCCGCCUCCUGCCAUUUUUUAAAUCGCCGCCCGUUGACGUUGUUGUCUCCUUGGCUCGAGAGCGAAGGGUGAAGUCAGCAGCGGCCUGGAGUUGGACGGGUGCCCCAGUCAGACCCCUCCCCUCCCAGCUGCAACUGCUGCCGGCGGCCGCUCGGGAUCAGAGGAAAUUGAACCCUUUCUCUUGGUCGCAUGGUGGGGUUGUGCUGAGAUAUCGCCAAAAUGAUGCCGAUGAUACUGACUGUGUACUUGAGUAACAAUGAGCAGGGUUUAACAGAAGUCCCCAUAACACCAGAAACUACAUGUAGAGAUGUUAUUGAAUUUUGCAAAGAACCUGGCGAGAUUGGUUGCCACUUGGCUGAAGUGUGGCGUGGAAAUGAGCGUGCCAUUCCUUCUGACCAUAUGAUGUAUGAACAUCUGCAGAAGUGGGGACCUCGUAGGGAAGAAGUGAAAUUCUUUCUCCGUCAUGAGGAUUUGCCCAGUGAUAAUAGUGAACAAAGUGGACGUCAGUCUCAAGAUCAACUGAAUAGAUGGAAUGGAAUAAACCUAUCUACAGACAAGCGUUUUGAAAAUGGGGGCAGUAAUCCUCGGGUGGAGUUGACCCUUUCAGAGCUGCAAGAAAUGGCUUCCAGGCAGCAGCAUCAGAUUGAGGCCCAGCAACAGAUGUUGGUUGCCAAGGAGCAGCGUUUGCGUUAUCUGAAACAGCAAGAGAGGCGCCAGCAGCAGUCCAUUUCAGAAAGUGACAAAUUACAAAAACUGAAAGAACGUAUGGAGAGCCAGGAGGCAAAGCUGAAGAAGAUACGAGCUAUGCGAGGACAAGUGGACUACAGUAAAAUUAUCAAUGGCAAUCUUUCAGCUGAAAUUGAGCACAUCAACAAUAUGUUCCAUGAGAAACAGCGGGAGUUGCAAUCAGCUGUGUUAAAAGUUGAUCAACUGACGCAGCAACUUGAUGACUUGAGGAAAGGAAAAACAAAUGGAUUGCAGGCUUACAAUGGACAAGUGCCAGGACCCGCAGCCGUUGAAUUAAAGAAGCUAUAUCAAGAGCUGCAGAUUCGCAAUAAGCUUAACCAGGAGCAAAAUACUAAACUUCAACAUCAAAAGGAAUUGCUUAACAAGCGGAACGUGGAAGUGACUAUGAUGGACAAAAGAAUCAGUGAACUUCGUGAACGUUUGUGGAAGAAGAAAUCUGAUGCACGUCAAAAAGAAAACAUCCCUCAGCUGAAUCGAGUUAAUGGCACACCAACACCCCAGACACAGUCUAAUACCUCGGGUCGUGUUGCUGCUGUGGGACCCUACAUCCAAGUUUCUACUGCAACUAGACCAGAAAGUAACCAGUCAUCACCAGGGGAGAUCUUGAAACCUCAGUCACUGACUGUAUCUAGCAAUGGUGGCUAUGCUAUGACAAGAGCAAAAUCUGAAUCAGAUGGCAGUUUGAAAAAACCUCCAGGCAUUUGGAAAGUUUCUGAUUUAGACAUCAUAGUGGAUCCUGUUUUAAUUUCUUCUACUGCCUCUCUAAAGUCUCCAGAUCAUAGUGUGAACCACUUGGCAACUUCUGUUCCUGACAAACUACAUUAUGAAAUUCUUAGACACAAGCUGACCGGCUCCUGGGUGGUGUCUGAUUUGGAUGUGGGUCUUGACUCUGGUUCAUCCUUGCAUUUUAAAAACUAUGAAAGCAGAUGCUUGGGUUCUAACGAUGGAAAUUGGCCAGCAGUCCCACAGGGAUCUGUUACGACAGGGAAAUCACCUACAACAGCAAACAAUGACUGGAAGGAAUCCAACAUGGAUACGGUUUUGAAACCAGGAGCUGGAUCAAGUCAGGCCCUGUCCACUUCCUCAUCUAUUUCAAGCAAUGAGAAAAUGGUGGGUAUUGAAACAGGAAAAGUACCGCCAUCAGUGCCGAGUGCAGUAAAGCAGCUGCCUCAGUCUUAUGGAUCUCACCCAAAAUCUUCUCUCAUGACCAUCGGUUCCACCAAUUCACUGGAAAGAAUGAAAGAUAGCACUCAGCCCAGGCCUAGUAUGGGUUCAGUCUCCAACAUAACCUCAGCAAACUGGCAGAGACCUAUCCAGUCUUCACAACCUGCAAGCACAUUUCAAGCCAGUGCCUCGCAACAAAUUCAGCAGAGAAUUACUGUGCCUCCAAGUCCUACUUAUCAGCCAGCUGGCUCACCAUUGUUCCCUGCUGGAGACAACAGACCUGAUCCACCACUAGCUGUGGCAGUAAGGCCAUUCUUGACAGAUAAAGGUUCUAGACCUCAGUCUCCACGAAAAGGGCCUCAAACGGUGAAUUCCAGUUCGAUUUAUUCAAUGUAUCUUCAGCAAGCUACUCCACCAAAGAACUAUCAACAGGCUGCAUAUAACACCCUAAACAAAACUCAUACUGUUAAAGCAAUGUAUGGAAAGCCAGUAUUGCCAUCUGGAUCUGGUUCUGCUUCACCAUCUCCUUUGCCUUUUACUCAUACCCAGCCUUUCCAAAGUUCUCAUCCUCAGACCAGUGAUGAAAACCAAACUAGUAAUGAAAAAGAGCUAGAACAUGAGAACUUGCCACCCACCAACUCAAAUGUUGAAAACAUCCCACGUCCUCUGAGUCCUACAAAAUUAUUACCUAUUGUGCAUUCGCCAUUACGGUAUCAAAGUGAUGCUGACCUUGAAGCUCUAAGGAAGAAACUGGCACAUGCACCAAGGCCUCUGAAGAAACGGAGUUCUAUAACUGAGCCAGAAGGCCCAAGUGGGCCAAAUAUACAGAAGUUGCUGUAUCAGCGUUUUAAUACACUAGCUGGGGGUAUGGAUAAUAUGCCAUUUUACCUCCCCAGUAAUCAGCAGGACUAUGUAGGUGCUUUAGCAGAUGUUGAUAAUGGUAAUACCAGCUUAGUGGAGUCUGGUUCUGUGCAGCCUGAACCAACAACUCAGCCUGAAGUUCAACCAUCGUCGGAUGCCAAUGAUAACCAGCUGCCUUCUCCACAUUCUGAAUUGAUUCAGACAGAUGACAACGAGAUAUCUGCUACAAUAGAGGACAAUAACAAUAACCCCGCUAUUGUUCAAACGGAGCAACUACCAAGCCCUAUGCCAGAGGUCAUAUCACCAGAGGAAGAUGUUCCUCUGCCACCUGCUGUGCCACUGGCCUCUCCUACUAAACGUACAAAUUUAAAAAAGCCUGAUUCAGAAAGGACAGGUUGUGGGAUGAGGGUAAAAUUCGAUCCUCUAGCUUUACUUCUAGAUGCUUCUUUAGAAGGAGAAUUUGAUCUUGUACAGCGCAUCAUUUAUGAGGUUAAUGAUCCCAGUAGACCUAAUGAUGAAGGGAUUACGCCAUUACACAAUGCAGUGUGUGCUGGUCACCAUCACAUUGUGAAGUUCCUUGUUGAUUUUGGUGUAAAUGCAAAUGCAGCAGACAGUGAUGGAUGGACACCAUUACACUGCGCUGCUUCCUGCAACAGCGUCCAACUCUGCAAACUGCUUGUGGAAUCUGGUGCUGCUAUUUUUGCCACCACUAUCAGUGAUGUUGAAACAGCAGCAGAUAAAUGUGAGGAGAUGGAAGAAGGCUUUGUACAAUGCUCACAGUUCCUUUAUGGAGUGCAAGAAAAAAUGGGUGUCAUGAACAAAGGUGUGGUUUAUGCUUUAUGGGACUAUGAGGCCAAGAACAGUGAUGAAUUAUCAUUCCAUGAAGGAGACCCUCUGACGGUCGUGAGGCGUAAAGAUGACAAUGAAACAGACUGGUGGUGGGCUCGUUUGAAUGACAAAGAAGGCUAUGUUCCUCGCAAUCUGCUAGGGUUGUAUCCUAGAAUAAAGCCCCGGCAGCGAUCUCUGGCUUAGGAAUAUUCUUGAGUCCUUCUAAUCGGAAUCUGGAACAGACACAAUACGCUACACAAUGGAGGUGCUCUCCUCCCAGACGAGGAACUAGAUAUUUAUGUGCUGUGAUUUGGAUAUACAGUAGUUUAUGGUGCUUUUUCUCUGAACAAAGUUGCAUUGCUACAUCCGAAGAACACGCAUAUGCGUACCCAAGCACACCUUCACAUGUGCGCACUCAAACACAUGCACACUUGCACGUGCAUAUGGAUGGACCCACAUGAGCACGCAUACCUGGACAUCACACACAGGCCUGCACACACAUGCACACCACCCAUACACACACACAAGAGGAAGUGGUGUUAUCUGAAAACCACAUGACCUCAGUAUUGUUAGUACGUGGCAUGCUUGGCUGGCAGUGGUGGUAAGGGAAAUGUUUUAAUGUAACUUUCAUUGGUUUCAGGGAGGAAGUUAUCUUGAUUAUUGAAAGGCCAUGUGAGUGGACUAGCAGAGUUUGAUUUGGUUUUGUGAUAAUUAGAGCCAUUAAAGGAUUAUGAAAUGUAUGUUUGGACAUAAAAGAAUAAUUUUGUGAGAUGAAACAAGGGUUUUAGUAAGGUGAGGUGUGCACUGUCUGAGUCGUUUGAGGUAAGUGAAGUGUAUGUGACUAAUGGAACAGCGGAUGUGAGAAUGAGCAGAGGAUAUUGUCUUCGAUUAACUUCUGUGUCUAUAAUGGAAAUGAUGCAAUAACUUUCACCACAUUUUGGUGCAAAACACUACAGCACUUCAUUGAAAUAAGUAUUCAAGUAUAUUUCUAUAUUAAAGAAUCUUUCUUUUAUUUUUUCCAAUUACAUUUUUCUUUUUGAAAUAAUUCUAGGCAUACAUCCUAACAAAUGAUGGGUUUAUACAUGUAUCAAAACAAUCUUUGGCUUGUUUACCAUGUUUCAUAUCUAAUCUUUUCCUAUCGAACAGUUCUGUUAACUGAGCACAGGGUAGUAUUGAAUGUAAAUAUUGUGAUGUAUAAGAUUAUAACAGUGGGCUAUAAUUAUGUAUGACUAAGUGACUGAACUGUAACUUUUUUCAUAGUUGAUAGUAAUACACUGCUUAACAAGGGUGUUAUGUAAACGUAUACAAUAAAAUACAGUGGCAUGAA